ACAAUCAUCACAAUAGCCUCGAGAAUAUCUAAUCAUACAAGGAUAGCAGAGCCUCCUUCAAUAUGGCUGGAUGCUUAUUUUGAGUGGCUUGAUCCAACCAGUACGUGCUGUGGCCAUGUGCCAGGUAGACCUGACCAACCUUGCAGCCAUCCAAAUGAUACUGCUAAUUCGACUUGUGUCCAUUGUUUGCCGCCUGAUUCUGGAAGCAAUAGGCCCAAUUCUUCAGCUUUCCUGGACAAUCUCUUACACUUCUUGACAGCUAAUCCUGACACAAAUUGUGCUGCUGCUGGACACGCUGCUUACAACUCGGCAGUUGUAGUCGAUUACGAUACAAUGAAGAUUGGAGCUUCAUAUGCAAUGACUUAUCACACUAUACUACGUAAUUCCUCUGAUUUUAUUGCUGCUUUGAAACAAGCACGUGAGCUCUCGGUUAACCUGACGCGAGAGUUAGAUCAUGAAGUGUUUGCUUACAGCGUCUUUUAUGUGUACUACGAACAAUACUUGCACAUAUACUGGGACAUGGGUAUUAACAUCGGACUAUCACUACUUGCUGUGUUCCUAGUCACGGUCUUUAUGCUUGGUUUUGAUGUAUGGGGUGCAUUCAUAAUUAUUUCGGUCGUUUUUAUGAUAAUUGUUCAUAUGGGCGGAGUCAUGGUUUAUGCCGGUAUCAAUGCCAAUGCAGUCUCGCUGGUCAACCUUGUGAUGACGGUCGGUAUAGCGGUCGAGUUCUGUUCGCAUAUUGUCCGUUGGUUCAUGAUGGAGAAAGGGACCAGAUUAGAAAGAGCACACUCAUCUCUAGCUAAUAUGGGCAGCUCUGUAAGUGUA